AUGGCCUGCAAGUACGACGACCUCCGCGACGACGAGACUAUCUUGACCAACGACGGCUCGUGCGCGGCAGCGUGCGUGCUUGGUCGCAACUGCUCGGUCGUCGAGACCCUACCGGCGAACGCGACGCGCUUUGAUUUUGCUGCGGGCUACCUCCUCGGCGACCUUUCGCGCCACACGCCGGCCAAUCUCACACUGGUCAACGUCCAAGAGCGUCAUUUGGCGCACAAGUACCGGCAGCUGCCGGCUGAUCUUCGCUCGCUAUGGCUCGACAGCCAUACCUUGGACACCUUGUACAACGUCCCCGUUCCCAGAGGCCUCGAGCGCUUGAUGCUUUCAAACUCGACCAAGACGGUCACUCUCUACCCGUUGCGCAUGCGCCGCCUCCGCGAUCUGUUCAUUGCCAACGGCAGCGUCUCGCUAGACAAUGCAUUUCCGCCCACUUUAACCUACCUGCACUUGGACCUGGUCAGCGACCUUUAUUUCUACAAGCGCGACCUGUCCAGCCUUGAACGACUGGAGUUGUAUGGUGUCACCAAACUCGAGGAAUGGCGGCUCUCCAACCGCCUUCAACAUUUUACCUGUCCCAACUGCAACAUCACUGCUGCGCACCUCGACACCACAUCGUUUCGCGCGCUCCAGCGUCUCCAUCCGACCUCGAGCUUUCGCGUCCCAAGGCUUGAGAGCGGGCUCUGCGUGGGCGAGAACCUACGCGUGAUGCCUCUCUGGGACGCCUACCCCCAGUACACGGCGUGUGUCAUCUCCGAUGAGAUAUCCUAUCGCAGUCAUCUGCAACUUUGGGAGCUCAACAUUUACCUCAUUAUCGCGGGCUCGCUGCUCGUGAUUGCUAGCAUCAUUUCCUGUCUCUACUACACGAGCAAGAUCUGUGCUACAACCCGUCGAUCGUCCGACGACGACUACCUCGCGUCGACGCUCCGACCAAACGAGAUGGCAACGCUCCAUAUGCUCCAGAUUGACGCCGACGCCAUCGUUCUCUGCGGCACCAAGCCACUCGCAUCUGGUGCAUACGGUGACGUCUGGCGCGGUGUCAUCUUGUCCGAGAUGAGUACCCACAAGGUGCCUUACAGCGACGCGCUCAAUGCGUCGUCCGGCCGAGCACUGAGUCAGCAAGCCAUUUUGUCCAAAGUCACAUCCGGUGCACUGCGACCCACGUUUGCGGCGGCGGCACCUCAUUGGCUGCUGGAGGUCGGCUCUCGCUGUUUGUCGCUCGACCCGACACAACGACCGACGACGCUCGAGCUGACGGUGCUGGUCCGCGACUUUGGCAUAGCUGUCGCCGAGUACGAUCAAUGCGAGUGA